UAAUAGCAACAGGAAAUCGCAUUACAAAAAAAAAGCAUUCGCCUGGGGGUGCGAUUGCUGCUUGAAUAGAAGUUUUGUGGCUGUAUGAAAAUUUUGAAAAUAGUUUAGAGACAGUGUCCUCUAUAGGCUGCUAGUACGGAGGCCCAUAGGGGUCACUGUCUCAAAACUCCAUAGGCGGAGAGCUUUCUUAUCGGGCAUCGGUUAGAUUCCCGCUGGUUGAGAAUUGACUUUCAUCUUAUACAGCGAACCAUAGGAACUCGUGUCCCUAUAAAAUUCUAGGGAGAUUCCUCGUCGUCGCCAUGGCCAAGGAAAAGAAGGGCAAAAACGAGUCGAAGAAGGUGUUGAAGGCGGAGAAGAAACAGAGGCAGGAAAAGAAGGCGGAGAAGAAGGCAAAAGUCAAAGCCUCCAAGGUGGACGGCAGUGACGCCGAGGAUGUGGACCUGGACGCCGUGCUCGAGGAGUACAAGAAGCAGCAGGAGCAGUUUCUCAAGGUCACGGAGACGGUGGUCGACGGGCCGCCUCGACCCCGCGCGGCCUCGUGCUUCCUCGCGAGCCCCUCCAACAGCAACCAGCUGCUGCUGUUCGGCGGCGAGUACUUCAACGGCGCCCUGGCCACCUUCUACAACGACCUGUUCAUCUACUACGUCGACCGCGAUGAGUGGCGGUGCGUGACCAGCCCGAACGCGCCCCUGCCCCGGAGUGGCCAUGCCUGGUGCCGCGGGGGCAACCAGAGUAACUCGGUCUACCUGUUUGGCGGCGAGUUCAGCUCGCCCAAGCAAGGCACUUUUUACCACUACAACGACUUCUGGCGGCUAGAGCCCAGCACCAGGGAGUGGACUCGCAUCGAGACCAAGGGGAAGUCGCCGCCUGCCCGCAGCGGCCAUCGCAUGACCUACUUCAAGCAGUACAUAAUCCUGUUUGGCGGCUUCCAGGACACGGCCAACCAGACCAGAUACCUGGCCGACCUCUGGCUGUACGACACGCAGAACUUCGUCUGGCACAGCCCGGCGCUGCCGCCGGCGCAGCUGAAGCCCGACGCCCGCUCGUCCUUCACCUUCCUGCCCCACGAGCAGGGCGCCGUGCUGUACGGCGGCUACUCGCGGGUCAAGCCCGUGACCGCCUCCGCGACAGGCAAGCAGGCGAACAAGUCCGCCGCGGCGGCGGCGGCGAGCCAGCGCAACGCCCUGAAGCCCAUGGUGCACCAGGACUGCUUCUUCCUGCGGGUGACGGCGCCCCCCACCGCCGACGCCGCGGCGCCGGGAGCCCCGCCGACGGUCCGCUGGGAGAGACGCAAGCGGCCGGCCAACGCGCCGGCCCCGAGCCGCGCGGGCGCCACCAUGACCUUCCACCGGGGACGCGGGGUGCUGUUCGGCGGGGUGCACGACGUCGAGCAGGGGGAGGAGGGCAUGGACAGCGAGUUCUUCAACGGCCUGUUUGCGUGGAACGUCGAGCGGAACCGCUUCUUCCCGCUGGCACUGCGCAAGCCGCGGGCGCAGAAGAAGGCCGGGGAAGGUGGGGGGCGGGGCGGCGGCGGCGGCGGUGGGCGCAGGGGUAGGGCGGCCGCGAAUGAGGAGGAGCUGCUGAGGGGCCUGGCUGCGCUGCGGGCUGGGGCGGAGGAUCCGGAUGAUGCGGAGGAGGAUGACGUGGGCGGCGGGAAGGAGGGGGGCGUGCCCGGCGGCGGGGAAGACGAGAAGCCGGUGCGGGAGAUGCCUGUCUCCAUGGAGCUGCCGCACCCGAGGUUCAACGCGCAGCUGGCGGUGCAGGACGAUGUGCUUUACAUCUACGGUGGCACCUUUGAGAAGGGGGAUCGGGAGUUUACCUUUGACGACCUGUAUGCCGUCGACCUCGGCAAGCUGGACGGCUGCAAGGAGAUAUUCAGCCGUCCGGUCGAGGACUGGAUUGCGUCCGAGGAUGAGGAUGAAGAUGACGAAGAUGAAGAAGAUGAAGAAGAUGAGGAUGAGGAGGAAGAGGAUGAAGACGGCGAUGUCCAGAUGGCGGACGAGGAGGUGCGACAGCUGAUGUCUCCCAGCAAGCGCAACAAGAAGCGUGCGGACGAGGUGUCCACAGCUGAUUCUUCCGAGCCCACGACGCCGUCGGUGGCAGGCUCCGAAGAAGAGUGGGAGGCGGACACUACAGCAACUACUGUUGAUGAUGGCCUGCCCCACCCGAGGCCCUUCGAGUCCCGACGAGAAUUUUUCCAACGCACCACCAAUGAGUGGCAGGAGGUCCUGAUCACGAGCCUGCGCUGGAAGGGCAUCCAGCCCGAGUCCCUGACGGUCAAGGAGAUCAAGUCGAAGGCCUUUGAGCUGAGCGAGGAGAAGUGGUGGGACUGCAGGGAGGAGAUCACGGCUCUCGAGGACGAGCAGGAGGCCGCGGGCAUCGGCGAGGUGGUGUCGCUUGCCGACAGGGGCGGCACCGGGGCGGCUGGUGGCGGGGCCAUGAGGAGGAGAUGACGAAUGCCCCGCAUGGUCGCGGCACUGGUGGGUUCAACUUACCUGUUGGAUCCUCCAGGGGAUGCAGAGGGAGGGUGUUAUUGACAAGGACGAUGACUUCCAUUGUGGUUGAUCUAUGCCACAUAGUGGUUCAUGGACCAAUGGCUACUUUAGGUUGAAAAGGAGCCAUAGUGAUCAAAACUCCCCAAACUGCAACAACU